AUCAAGAGUGGCAGCACUGACCGCAAAGAUGGCUGCCUCUUCACCACCAUGCUUUCAGUGUGGGGGCUGCCAACGCUACUUUGAUAGCUUACUUGAUGUCACAGAACAUCAAAAACAAUGCGACGCUCGGGCACCUACCGCCAUGGUGGCUGCUGCUACAGAGGCCCCUCCAGCACCUGUGGCUGCAGGAACAGCCCCUCCAGCACCUAUGGCUGCAGGAACAGCACCUGUGGCUGAGGGAACAGGCCCGGGCCCUGCCACCAUGGGAGGUAAAGGUUUCUUCUGGCCUAUAAAUGCUGUCCUCCUCCUCAUUGCCACAGUGGGAGAUUUCAAGCAAGAAUUUGCAAAGGGGACUAGAAGGAAGGUGGAGGUGUGGAGGGACGUGGCUCUGACGAUGCGCCAAGAAGGCUAUCCAGUGAAUGGAGAACACUGCGAUAAGAAAAUGCGCUCCCUAAAGCAAAGGUACAAGAUCAUCAAAGACAACAGCAAGUUGAGUGGGCGAGGCACUGAUGAACAAUGGCCAUUCUAUGAUGUCAUGGAUAGCUUCAUGGCAGGAGACCCAUCAGUGCAGCCCUUUCACUGGAGUCUUCUCUUCAAGUACCGGCAACAGAAUCAACCACUGCCCCACACCAUCCAACACUUCCAGCCUCCCCUGCCCUCUCCAACCAACUGUCUCUUGCUCACCAGCUGCCAGUGGUGUCUCAGCAAAACGCCCUUCAUCAUCUCCAGCUACUGGAAGCAUGAUGGCCACACCACUGGCAGUUCCCUCCCCUGCUUCACAGACACCUUCUCCUGCUUCACAAUCAAUUUCUCCUGCUUCACAGCCAUUCUCUCCUGUUUCACAGCCUAUCUCUCCUGCUUCACAGCCAACUUCUUCCUUCCUUCCAAUCCCUUCAACCUCUCAAUCACUUCCCCCUACCACUCAAUCACCUUCCCCUUUUUCAACACCCUUUAUGGUGCCACCUCAUUCAUCCAUUAG